AUGGUCGAUAUGGAUGCCCAGACACCGACCAGCCGCCCGACAUCCAGCUCGGCCAGCACAAAACACCCGGGCAAACAGUCGGCGUCAAAGGCAGCACCUCCCCCACCCCCGCCGCCGCCGCCGGGCCCUCCGGUGGUGCCUAGAAUCGAUCUUGAGCCAAUGUAUGAUGCGCUCAAGCGCGCGAUGGGGAAGGAGGCGUGGGCUAUCUAUAAGGAGGCGCUCAGCGGGUAUCUUACUGGCCGUUUAAACCAGGAGGAGCUCUCGCGCGCGAUCAGCCCAUUCGUAAAGGGGAAUAGCAUCAGGAUGCACAACAUGCUCUUGGUAGCCAUGUAUGGGAACUCGAUGCGCGAUCUGCCGCCGACAGAUGUAGCGGCGUGGGUGUCGGCGAGUGAUAAGCCGAGUGCGAUUGCAAAGAUGCCGGCGGGCGAUGUCAACGAGAAGCGGCUGAAGAAGGAGGUGAUGGCCAUCUCGGCCAGGGAAAGGAGGAGGAUUAAGGAGGUGCCUUCGGCGUUGGGUGAUGUUGAGGAUAUGCUUGGGAGUAUGCUGCAAGAGUACCAUCUGGCGAAGCAGGUCAAGAUCCCGGAGGCGCUCCCGCCAAUGAGCGCCGGACUCACAAAGACAAAUUGGGACUCAGAGAUCAAGCAACGCUACACCAUGCCACUCUCCUCCGAAUCCGGUGAGUUCCCCGACAUCGAAAUAAUCCGCCAGCGCAUGAACCCCAUCUGCUACGAAGAGGGCGUCCACGGCGGCUGCACCGCCGACGCCGCAAACUUCAUGAACGUUGCCGCCGAGACCUUUGUCAAAGAGAUUCUCUCAACCAUCAUUUCGCGCGUGCGCUCAAACGGGCCAAACUACGUCCAGACAGACAAGUACCGCAAGCUCGCGCCCAAGCGCAAGUGGACUGCGCCGACGGAGCGCAGUCUGCUGGGUAUGCAUGAUGUGCGGCUGUCGCUGGCGCUGGGCCAUAAUCUGCUGGCGCAGCUGCCGCUGAGCAUGAAGAAGAUCAUGGCCGGUGGGUGGUAUGAGAGGGACUAUGAGGUCGAUGCGGAGGAGCAGUAUGUAGGCCAGGUGGAUGUAGAGGGGUGGGAAGGCGCUGCCGUGGAUGAUAGGAAGCAGCUCAGAGGGCUGCUGGAUGAUUGUUUGUCGGUGGGGGUGUAG